AUGUGCUUCGAUAAUGGUGUUCAUUAUUCGAUUGGUGACACCUUCCGUAACGGAUCAUUCCGAUUGACAUGUGGACGAGAUGGUAUUAUCAUUGAAGUGAUUGGAUGUGUCCGUGAUGGCCAGCAGUACAAUAUUGCUCAAGUAUUCACUGAUAGGCAUGUCCGAUACCAGUGCAAAAACGAUGGAUCACUUGAUGUGCUAGGUUGUGUCGACGAGGGGCUUUUCCUUGAUCUCGGGCGAGAUCUCCUGAUGAACGGAAUGGUUCAUCGAUGUUACCAAGUCGGCAUGACGACGUUCUAUCACAAUGGUUCGUUCCGUCGG